AUGAACUUCGGCGGCCCAGAUGGAACCUGGCUUCCACUUCUCUUCCAAAUUUCGGUUUUUACCUCUGAAACAACCCACGCACCCAGGGGGCUGGCUUUUUACUAUAAGGACGGAUCUUGUAAACUGUAUUGGUUCCGGGCUGAUAAGGCAUAUUUUCGAGGCCGUCGCUCCGUCGUUCGCGAACUAGGGUUUCCGCUGAAUGGGCCAGGUGGAGAAAGAAAUACCGCGGUUAUCACCAAUUUCGCUAGAGUCUUGAAGAUGCAACAGGACGAUAGAAAAAGGGGAGACAGCAUGCGAAGUUCGACACAAAACCUGUUGAUCCAAAGCAGAGAGGUGCCUGAUGGGCAGACUAUCAUUGGAAUUCUCGCAUCUGUCGAGCUCCUUUUAGGCAGUGGGAGGAUAGAGACUCUUGGAAUCAGUUGUAAUCCUCUCACAUCAAACCUUGUGUUCAAAGCCGAUGGACCCAGAGAAGGACUGCUUGCCAAGAACAAGCCACAGUGGGAACGGACUACAAAUCCAGACUUUGGCUAUCCCAGCAUCACCACCAUGGUCUGUUUGGAGAGAGUCAGAAGAACUAGGAUGUAUACAGCUGCCUGUCUGCGAAAUCUGCUAAGAAAGUACAUAUCGGGCCUUUGCUUCGAGGUCUGGGACCUGACUCCGCCAGUUUACAUGGGCCGUCGGUCCACGGCGGUCGACUGGCUGCUUUUGAGCCCGGAAGAUGGAAUAGAGCACAUCAAGUUUUGGCGUUAUCAUGGAUCUAAAAGUCAGGAUCGGGGAUCACAGCAGUUGAAGUUCACGGGGACGAAUUUGACAUGGACACCGAGCACUACAGGUAAUACAGCCACAGUCGAGAAAAGACCGAGCGAUCCAGCACGAGGAAGGCUGGUCUCCUGCCUUGGCCUCAAGACACCUUGCACCAAUGAAUUUUUGUUCUGGGAAAUUCGAGACUCAAAAGCUAAGAUCCAAACCGUCACCCACAUCCAUGCCUAUUUUUAUUUUGAGGGACAGUGUCUUUGCGGUUUCGAAUUUUGCUAUGGUGAUAAAUUCUCAAGUUGCGUCGGCCUCACAUCAGGAAUCAAGGCUUCUGCAGUAAUAGGACAAAACGAACGCGUAACAUGCUUGGAAAUAAAGACUUCGCGGAGUCACUGGAGGCCAAUAAUUGAAGAGAAAUUUGAUAAAGUUGUGUUUCACGCGAAUACAGGUCGAGAAGUUACACUGUCAGCCUCUGGAUGCGGAGUAGGGAGCCUUGUAGCGCCUAAGUCCCUAUAUGGCAACAUCAAGGCAGCUUCCUCUAAGACAGAGACGCUAAGUAGAGGAGGAGGGGGGAAUCCAAGAAUCCAGGAAAUAACGCCAUCGACAGCACCAGAAUGUCCCUGGCACAAAGCCCUAUGGGAUGACAAUAAAGCUGCCGAGUUGGGGAUUUGGUGGAGAAGACUCAAUCAUACGUCUCAAUCUAUCUGCCUGCCAAGCCAUGUGCAACAAAGGGAACCAUCUGUUGGGAUUUUUGUUGAGGUAGCAAAAUGGCCUACAAGAAGAUCGUCGCCAGGACAACUCUUGGUCCAGGAUGCAGGACCAAUUUUUGUAGUCCCAUAUCAGUGA